AUCUGGAAACAAUGAGACUGCUUGUUUUGCUGGUGCUUGCUGGAGCUGCUGUGGCAGUGCCCAGGGAGGAUGGCAGGAUCAUCGGUGGCACGGAGUGCUCCCCAAACUCUAAGCCAUACAUGGCAUCCCUUAACUACGGGUAUCACUUCUGUGGAGGGGUACUCAUCAACGAGCAGUGGGUGCUCUCUGUGGCCCACUGCUGGCACAACCCCUACGCCAUGCAGAUCAUUCUGGGAGAACACAACACACGAGAGUUUACUGGCACAGAACAGCUCAUGAAGACCGAAAACAUUGUCUGGCAUCCCAGCUAUGACUACCAAACCUUGGACUAUGACAUCAUGCUGAUCAAGCUCUUCCACCCUGUGAAGCUGACCGAUGCUGUGAAGCCCAUCCCUCUGCCCUCUGGCUGCCCGUACGGUGGCAUGUCCUGCUCUGUGUCCGGCUGGGGCAAGUACUUCCCUGAUGGAGACUAUGUUACCAGUGAUACGCUUCAGUGUCUGGAUGUGCCCAUCGUUGACGAUCAGGAAUGUGAGAAUGCCUACCCUGGCAUGAUCACCCGCAGAAUGAUGUGCGCCGGAUACCUGGAAGGAGGAAAGGAUGCAUGCAAUGGUGAUUCUGGCAGUCCUCUUGAAUGUUUUGGAGAAGUGCAUGGACUGGUGUCCUGGGGUCAGGGCUGUGCCGAACCUGGGUACCCUGGCGUCUACGUCAAGGUCUGCGAGUUCCUCCCCUGGAUCAAGGAGACCAUGGAGGCUAACCCAUAA